AUGGGGUUGUUCAACCGAGUAAUGAAGAUGCAUGUUAUAAGCUUGGAUUGUUGGAAAAUGACAGAGUACAUUCAAGGAAUUAAAGAAUGUAGUUUAUGGGCGUCAGGAGGUUACGUUCGGAAGUUAUUUGCGCAGAUGUUGUUAUCAUUAAGUUUAUCUUCGCCGAGGUUAGUAUGGGAGUCUACUAAAGACUUAUUAUCUGAAGAUAUUCUAUUCCUUGAGAGGAAAAAGCGAAGAAAUCCAGGUCUUAUUAUGAGUGAAGAACAGAUUCUGAACGCAACACUGAUACUGAUUGAAAACAUCAUGCACAGUAAAAAUAGUACUUUGGAGAAGACAAUGCCAAAGCCCAUUGAUAAUUCUUAUUCUUUGCUAGACAAUCAGCUAUUACAAAAUGAGCUUAACUACUCUCAUUAUGAUUUGCGUGAAAGACAUGACGAAUGGUUUGGGCAGAUGACAGACGAGCAGAGGUCUGUGUAUGACGAUAUAAUUGGAUGUGUUACGAGCAAAACAGGAAGAGUUUUUUUUGUUUAUGGUUUCAGAGGAACAAGAAAAACGUUUUUGUGGAACAUCCUUUCAGCUGCUGUUCGAUCAAGGGGUGAGGUGGUGCUUAAUGUUGCUUAUAGCGGCAUAGCUGCAUUAUUACUGCAUGGUGGAAGAACUGCUCAUUCUAGGUUUAGCCUUCCAAUAAAUCCAGAUGAAUUUUCUACAAGAAAGAUUCAACCAGGCAGUGAUCAAGCUGAAUUAAUCUACAAAUCUUCUCUCACUAUUUGGGACGAAGCUCCAAUGAUGAGCAAGCAUUGCUUCGAAGCCUUAGAUCGAACCAUAUGCGAUAUUAUGAAGACUACAGAUGACACUCCUUUUGGUGGCAAAGUGGUGGUAUUUGGUGGUGAUUUUAGACAGAUUCUACCAGUUAUUCCGCGGGGUAACCGGGCUGAUAUUGUUAUGGCUGCUCUAAAUUCGUCCUAUUUGUGGAAGUAUUGCAAGGUUCUGCAGCUAACCAAAAAUAUGCGACUGCUAUCAGAACUUGGCAAGAGUGUAGCUGAUGAUAUUAAGACAUUCUUGAAGUGGAUAUUGGAUGUAGGAGAUGGGAAGAUUAAUGAACCAAAUAAUGGAGAAACUAUUAUUAACAUUCCUAAAAAUCUUCUUAUUACGGAGUGUGGUGAUCCAAUUGAGGCCAUUGUUUCAGAAACCUAUGGGAACACUUUCAAAGACUCAAAAGACCCCAUUUUUUUUUUCCAAGAACGAGCUAUUUUGUGUCCUACCAACGAAGAGGUUGAUGUUGUUAACAACUACAUGUUAGAUCGGCUGACAGGCGAAGAAAGAACUUAUCUCAGUGCUGAUAGUAUUGAUCCAGCUGAUACAAACUCUAAGGGUGACUCGGUUUUCUGUCCAGAAUUUCUAAAUAGUAUAAAGACCUCUGGUUUACCUAAUCAUUCUAUAAGGCUUAGAAUUGGUACUCCAGUUAUGCUACUCAGAAAUCUAGAUCCUACAGAAGGGUUGUGUAAUGGAACAAGACUUCAGAUAACACAAAUGGCUGAUCAUCUUAUUGGAGCAAAAUUUAUAACAGGUACUCGAGUUGGAGAGAAGGUCUUUCUUCACCGUAUCCUGAUAACACCAUCAGAUACAAAGCUUCCUUUCAAAAUGAGACGCCGGCAAUUCCCUUUAAAAGUUGCAUUUGCAAUGACCAUCAAUAAAAGUCAGGGUCAAAGUCUAGCGAAAGUGGGUUUGUUUCUACGUAGACCUGUUUUUUCACAUGGACAGUUGUAUGUUGCUGUGUCUAGGGUUAAAUCAAGGAAAGGAUUAAAGAUUCUUAUUACCGAUAAGGAGGGAAAGCCACAAGAGUCAACAAUGAAUGUAGUUUACAAGGAAGUUUUCCAAAACUUACUACAGAAUGGCAAUGACAUGUAG